GGAUAUCCAACAGCAUCAUCACGGAAACGAGAUAAGGCAAAGCGGCUCCUCCUCCUCCUAUUGAAGAUAUCGUUUCCCCAACCACGGUCAGUUCCAACACACCGAGAGCACGGUCGCUGCUACCUCCUCUUCCUCCAAGAGCUUGAGAGAGGGAAAUGGCCUCUUUGCCGCAGGUUCCUGCAGCCCGUCGGGCGCCGUUCUUGAACUCUUCCUCUUUUACUUCAUCCCACAAGUUUUUGUCGCAGGGCCGUGCGUUGUUCCCUUGCUGCUACAGCAGAAGAAGGCCUGCCUUUCAGGUUAAAGCUGAGGCUUCUCCAAUUUCCCAACAAGAGGGAUCUGGGAGGCGCCAAUCACUAGUCCUAGGAGCAAUUACCUUUUUUGGCUCUCUAUCUCAUGCUAAUUCCGCAUCGUUUGCAGCAGAGGCUAAGAAAGGAUUUCAAGCUGUCUUAGAUAAGAAGGAUGGUUACACAUUCCUCUACCCAUUUGGAUGGCAGGAAGUCGUAGUCCAGGGGCAAGAUAAGGUUUUCAAAGAUGUGAUUGAGCCCUUGGAAAGUGUUAGUGUCAACAUGGUUGCAACUGGUAAGCAAGAUGUCAGGGACCUCGGACCGCCGCAACAGGUUGCUGAAGCUUUAGUUAAGAAGGUUUUAUCUCCUACUUCACAAAAAACGAAGUUGGUUGAAGCAGCCGAGCGUGAUGUUGAUGGGAAAGUUUACUACACCUUCGAGUUUAUUGCACAGGCUCCAAACUACACAAGGCAUGCUCUCGGUGCAAUUUCCAUUGGAAAUGGUAAAUUUUACACUUUGACAACAGGAGCCAACGAAAGGAGAUGGGGGAAGAUGAAGGACAAGCUGCAUGAAGUCGUAGACUCCUUUAAGAUCUUUGACGUUUGAGGCCACGGCCAAUAGAAAUUUUUCUCUACUUUUUGAUGUUUACUUUCUCCAUUAGCCCAUUUGUGCAAUUUCUUCUGCUGAUCUUAUUGUUACAUGCCAAGUGAGAUGAAACUAUUGACUUGCAAACCUGUGACUUCCAUUUACUC